AUGGCUUUUUGCUAUCUUCCUCUCUUUAUCCUCUCUGGACUCACUGGAAUUCACAGCAUAACAACUGUGAAUAAUGUGUCAGUGAGGGCAGGAGGCUCCAUCUCUAUCCCAUGUCUCUAUGAUACACGCUACAAAAACCAUGUAAAAUACUUGUGUAAAGGAUCUUAUUGGUUAUGGUGCUCUUAUGAAGUAAAAACAAACCAACCAAGUACCCCAGGAAGGUUUUCAAUCUCCGAUGACAAAAAACAAAGAAUCUUCACUGUGACCAUUAAUGACCUGAUGGCAGAGGACACUGACUACUGGUGUGCUGUAGAGAUUAAGCCUUGGCCAGAUAAAAAACAGAAAUUGAAUCUGUCAGUCUCCGAAGUUUUGCUGUUGAUUGUUGUUUUCUCUCAAGGCCCCCCCAGCCUCUAUGUGGACCAGCAGGAGGUAACAGGGUUUAACGGAGGGAGUGUGACUGUCAGUUGUCGCUCUACUUCCUCUGGAGAGAUGAUGUGGUGGUGCAGACUGGGAAGCAUCUGUGUAAAUGAGUCUGGAUCCAUCAACGGGACAGCUGUGACCAUCAGCGCCAGUGUUGGAAAAGUUGUCAAUGUGACUAUGAGUGACCUGAGGUUCGAGAGCAGUGGUUGGUACUGGUGUGCCAAAGGAAACCUACAGAUGCCAGUGCAUAUCACUGUUUAUGAGCAAACAACUACAACAACAAUAAGCCCCACCACAACAAACAAGGCCAAAGCUGCAGCCUCAGACACCACAGUGACUAAACCAGAAGAAGGGACUGUGAUCUACAGCAUAGUGGUGCCACACUAA